UCACCUGAGACGGCAUCUCACAGUCUAGCCACAAACUGGGCGGAGCGCAGAGGUAGCCAUGGCGAGAAACCUGAUCCUCUACUGUGGCCUCGUGGCCGCCGUUGCCGUUUCGGUGCGAGCCGCUCCGCAAGACAAGCUCGACAACUUGGACGUGGACGAGAUCCUCAACAACGACCGUCUCCUGAAAUCCUACAUCCAGUGCAUGCUCGACGAAGGCCAAGGAAGGUGCACUAACGAGGGCAAGGAGAUCAAAAGCAGGCUGCCAAAAUUUGUGGCGACGGGAUGCGGCGACUGCAACCCCAGCCAGCUGGACAAGGCUGUCAAGGCCCUGAAGCACAUCACAGAGAAGCACCCUCAAGAGUGGAUCAAGCUGAAGGCCAAGUUCGACCCCACGGGCGAGUACGCUAAGAAGCAUGCAGAGACGUGGAAGCAGCGUGGCGUCAACUUCUGAUCGCUACACCAGUCAGGCUCCAUUCGGAGCUGUCACCAUUCUCGUACGCAACUCAACAGAAAAUUCUAUCUCUUUCCAGAAAGUUUGUGUUACUGUAAAUUCCUGUGACAAGUUCGUCUAAUUUGGUGACUCAACGCAAUUUCAUAACUUAUACUUGUUCACAAUGUUACAAUAAUUAUGAUCUAAAAUAAAUCCUCGUUGCUAAAUUUCGUA